AUGGUCGUUCUGAGCGCCGUCAGCUGCAUCACCCUGCCCUUCCUGGGCGAGAUCAAAUCUGUCUGGCACUUCUACUACGUGCGGUGCCUUCGGCAGAACUUCUUCUCCCACGGGCAGGACCGGACGAUGCUGGAGCUCAGGCUCGAUCCUUGGUGUCCUUUCAUGCUGGUCACGGGCACAGUGAAUGACUGGGGUCGCCCCAUCGACGAUAGCAGCAUCACCGAGAUUGCGUUCACCCCUCUCCACAUGGGGAAUCCUGAAGCAGGUUACGUCGUGACAGCUCCAACGAGGAGUCUGGCCGAGCUGACUGCCUUGACCGGGGCAGGCUGCCUGGAUGCGCUGAGCCUGAGCAUGUCUGAUCAUGUGCGGGUGCGCUUCUGGCUACAGGUUCUGAACCUUUCUUGGGGAGACUACAUCCACUUCGAGCCGUCCAGGAGGCCGCUGAUGAGGUGGCUGCUUCGCUGUGUGCCGAAGAGAUGCCGGAGGGACUUCAGCUGGUGGUUUCACCGAUCCUUCACGAUGUUCUUGCUCUUCGUCAUGGCCUGCCUGUUCUGCCGUGGCUUGACCAUGUACCGCUUGCCCCGGUUCCCGACAGAGGCGACCUGCAUGGAGGGCCGGAGGCUGAUGAAUGGUGCCACCUUUCUCGGUCUUUGCCUGCUGACCCUGAGCUUCUUCUCGAACUUCAGGUUUCUGGCGGGACUGGAGUUCGCACCGGUGCUUGCCACCAUUCAGCAGGCCACCGGCUUCAUCCACAAGUCCUGGUAUCCACCGCGGAUGCUCUACGUGACGGAUGGUGGUGUUCAGGAUUGCACCGCGAUCAUGCAGCUGCUGCAGAGGAAGUGUGAGCGCAUACUCCUGGUUCUUGCAGCGAGUGAUCCCAACGAUGAGCUAAAGGUGCUGCGCACCACGAUGGAGGCCGUGACGAAGGAGUUCAAGAUGGCAUCGUUUUACGAUCCUGAGGAUCACCGGCGUGAUCCUUACGCUCUUCUGGAUGAUUUCCAGCAGAACAAGGGGAAACACUACUUCAAGCUGGGCAUCCGUUACGGUUGGCAUGACACCGAGUCGCCACGCUACGGGAUGCUCUGGGUGGUGAAGAACCGGUUGCCAGAAGACUUUUUCGAGCAGCCGGUCCGACCUCAUCUCUCGGAGGACGAAAUUCUGUACGGCGCACCUUCGGACGUCAGCGAUGAGGAAAACUCUUCCGACGAUGCAGAGUUUCAGAAGGAGAUGGGAGGCCUCGUGCAGGAGGAUUUGGGUGGCUACGGCUGCUGCGAUUGCUGUCACACCUGGUGA